UUUUUUUCUCCAUUGUUGUUUUGAUUUUUUCCACAUAAAAAAAAAGAAAGAAAAUGCCUAUCAAAAAGAAAGGUCGAAGACAAUUAUUACAAAUUGAUAUUAUACAUAAAAUAACAGAAAUGAAUUUGGAUGAAAAACCAACAACAAUUGAAAAUAUUCAAAAAGAAUUAAGUGAAAAAAUAAGUGUUGGUAAAAUAAUUAAACAACGGCCAACAAUUGUUAAAGAAUUAUUGUCUAUUGCAAUUGCCGAAGGUAAAAUAUAUCCAUUGAAAAUUGGUACGAAUAAUGAUGAUGAUGAUGAUGUGAUUGUACAUCGUACACCACGUAUGUUACGUGAUAAUGAUCGUCAAUCAAUUAUUAUGUAUGAUGGUCAAAUACCUGGUACAUCUUAUUUUAAUAUUCUUAAAAAUUGUUAUACAUUCGAAAGAGAUAAUAAUCGUAUACAUGAAGAUAAAAAUGAUGGUUUUACUAUUGAAGAAAUUCAAGAACAUUUUAAAAUUUUAAAAAAACAUUUUCUUAACUAUAGUGUACAAAUAUUGAAAGAAAAAUUGAUACCAUUAGCAUUGAAAAAUGGCCAUAUUGAACGUAUUAAAUCAUCAAAUGAUCAGAUAAAAUAUUCUAUAACACAAUCUUUUCGUAAUACAUAUGAUCUAUAUCGUCGUAAUCGAAAAUUAGCAUUAUUAUCGAUUGGUGAAAUAGAUAAUACUGAUGAUAGUCAAAUUGAUGAUGCUGAUGAUUCUAUUAUUGAACAAAAUGAUGAUGAAAGUUCUAAUGUAACAUUUACCGAAUCAAAUGAUAGUAAUAUGAAUGAUAAUAAAUUGGAAAUGAAAAACGAAUCAGAACAACAAUCAUUGGUAAUGAAAAUUUCAACAAAAAAUUUUUCAAAUAAAUCACCGGAACUGAAAUCAAAAACAAUGGCCGAUAUACAACCACAACGUGUAAGUCAACGGAAAAAAAUACGAAAAACACUUGGACCAGAUUUUUUGGAUUCAUAUUCGGAUGUAAUGAUGAAUCAUCCAAAACAUUUAUCACGAAAAUUUUUAACACCGGAACAACAAUCAGCUUUAUUAAUUGCUGAACAGAAUAAUGAUGGAUCAUCGACAUCGACAUUUAAAAAGAAACGAUCAUCAUUAUUAUGUAUUGUUUGUAGUAAAGCAUUUAAAUCUCCAAAACAAUCACGUAUUGUUUGUUCGGAAUGUAAUGGUAUUGCACAUGGUAAAUGUUUUCGAUCAUAUGUUAAUACUAAAAUUGGUAUUAUUCGUAUGAUUUGUUCGAAUUGUCGUCCGGAAAGUAUUUGUUAUAUGUGUAAUAAUCAUGAAAGAAAUCCUGAAAUGUAUGUUCAGUGUAUUAGUUGUUCAAGUACUUAUCAUGCUCAUUGUUAUCGUGAAAAAGCUCAUUCACUUUGUCAAAAAUGUCGAGCACAAGUUAUGAAUAAUAUAUCACAACCAUCAUCAUCAUCAACAACAACAACCGAUUCACAAGUGGAAAAUGAAUCAAAAAAUACCUCAGAUGUUAAUAAUGAAUCAUCGAAUAUGUUGCCAGAUUCAGAUCCAAAAUCAUCAACAAGCACAGUAAAAAUAGCUCCAAAAGUAACUAUUGCUCCAAUUAAAUUGCGAUCAUUGAUUCAAUCGGCGAAGAAUACAUCAUCACUUAAUGGUAACAAUGUUAGUGGUAGCGGUGGUGGUAAAAGUUUGAUUAGCAAAUCUUCGAAUUCAUUGGAUAAACCAAAACAAAUGUUUGCUUCGAAAUCAUCGACAAUUUCGAUGACUCAGUCAUCUUCAAAUGAUAAUUCAACAAAUGGUUUUGGGCCAUCCUCAACAACAUUUGAAAAAUCCAAAAAAAUCAAAGAUGAGCCAAUGGAUAUUGUUGAAACAACGGUUCCUUCAGUUUCCACAUUAUCAUCAUCAUCUACCUCAACCAUGCAAAAGAAUCUACCAUCGAUCAGUGGUGAGGCUAAAAUUUCAUCAACAUUGACAACCGAAACAAAUAUGACAACUUCAUUGGCUAAAUCAUCGGAUGGAAUAUCAAAUAAAUUGACAACAACAAAAAAACGUAAACUUAAUAAUACAUCAUCAUCAUUUGAAAUUUGGAAUAAAAAACCAUCACAAAGUAUUUGUUAUCAUUUUCAAGCAUGGUUAAAUACAGAAUUACGUAAUAAUUGCAAACGUUUUGGACCGGAUGUUGAUCUUGGACCAUUAACAACAUUACCAAAUAUAAUUACUGAAUGGACAUCGGAAAAUGUUCAUCGUUUUUUGGUUACACUUGGUUUUAAAGAAGAAGCGGAUACAUUUCUGGAAAAAGAUAUUAAUGGUUUAUCAUUAAUGUUACUGACAAGAUAUGAUUUUAUUCAUUCAUUAUCGAUAAAUCUUGGACCGGCUAUACGUUUAUUGGGCAUUGUUAAUCGUUUACAUGAAGAACUUUAAAAACGAAAAUUUUUCCAUGAAUUCCUAAAAUUUAUUUUCAUUGAUAUUAGUAGUAGUAAGAUUAUUAUAGUCGAAUUGAAUAGACAGAGUGUUUAACCAGAACAAGGUAAUCGAUGGA